AUGACAAAUGCUGCAAGGCUGAAAAAAACUGAACUUGCUACAUUUUACGUGUAUGUCGUGUUUUUGGCUUGUCUUCUACCCUUCCUUUGCGUCAGAACUGCUAUUCGAAUGCAUGGUGAGUCUGUCUUGCGGAUACAUCUGCUUCAUUAUUCAAUGACACUGGUGUUUCUAAAUUCAUCCCUCAAUCCUCUGAUCUAUUGCUGGAAGAUGAGAAACAUUCGGAAAGCUGUGAAGAGUGUACUUCGUAAUAUCUUUCAAAGUCAGUAAAGCUACAAAUCGAGCCUCUUGGACGAUGAAGUUGUACUUUCUCCCUCAGAAAAAAAAAUAGAAAUUUUAUAUCGCGUAUUAAAUAAAUAAAUAAAUAAAUAAAUAAAUAAAUAAAUAAAUCACGAUUUAGAGGGAGCACAUCCACGUAGUCCUUCGUCUACAAUAAUUCCUGGUCGAACUGGAGUUUGGAAAAGUGGAAAAUCGGAGUAUUUGGAGAAGAACAUCUCGAAGCAAAGGAGAGAACAACCAGAAACUCAACCUACAUGAAUGAUCGAUGUAGUGUUCAGAAACACCCAUAAAAACAUUACCGCGGCUGGAGUGUUCGAUCCUGGACGUAGUGAUCAUGACGCCCACGCACCAAGUAAAACUCGUGUAGUUGGAGGAUUUUAGUCCCUUGGAUGACUUCAAACAUUGCAGAUCAACAAGUAAUCCUAAAGCAACAAGAACAAUCGGCAUUGGAGCAUAUGAUAUCGUGAGGUUAGACCACGUUUAACUGAUUAACUGAAGGCUAACUGAAUCUGAUUACUACAGAUCAUAUUCAAGAAAGUCAAGAAAAUGACAAGCAAUUUUGAAGGGCGCUCAGAAUGUCUUAACGCUCAUCUAAGACCUGCAACAGUCUCAAGUAUGGAUACUGAUGGAGCUCUUGCCUCCGGUCUCCACCGACUCCACUAUUUCCGCUUUGAACUCUUUUCACGUAAGCAUCGUUAGAAACCUCGCCAAGGCUUCCUUGAUGUAUCACAAUCCGCUCAGCCUGAAGUAAGCCCUGACUUUUCUAAGCGUGAUUAUUCAUUGAACUGCUAUGUAGUAAUGGCUGAUCAUUAAUGCCUUAGUAAACUUAUGGUUUCAUAAACUUUGGAGAUAAGACUGAGGUGAACACACAAAAGCACUGGUCACUCGGUAAAUAAUUACGCAUCAUGCACUUCCGCAAAUAGGCGCCGGGGAAAUUGCGAGGUGUCGUCAGGCUGAAAAAUAAGGGGGGAGGAGUAAGAGCAAGUUCAAACUGAUAAAGAAUCAUAAUAACUUAAAAUGAGUGACAGAACAACAGCGUUAUGUUGUGAAGUAUUUUGAAAGUUAUUUUUAAGACGGAUCUAUCUUAUCUUUAGUUUAGUUUUUGUUUCAUUAAGUCUUGUUUUGUCCUCGUACUGUUUUCCUGUUUUGAUCUUUUGCUUUUACUUGUUCUUGAAUUUAUGCUUAAGUUCGCGAAUUUACUUAUUGCCAUAUUAGGAAUGUUAUUAGCUUGGCAUUGUCAGAUGUUAGUUUUUUACAGGUGGUCUUGUUUGUGGUGUUAGAGCUGAUUUUGGUUCUUUUGUACUUGCCAGUUGCGGCUGUGUUAGGCUAAUCUAUUCCCUUACAUUAGCAAACCUGUUGCCAUGUUAGCGAUGAGAUAUUCAAUUAUACUGAAGGUCUACCGGUCAGCUAACCCAAACAUGUCCAGCUUUGGAUAUAAAAACUGCUACUAUACUUAAACUAGUAAGUAGAGAAGAGUCGAAAUGUAGAAAAGAGUUAGAAGAGUAGGAAGAUUAAGAUUGUUAGCAGAAGUCAAAGAAGAAUAAAGGCCAAGAUGUAAGUCAGAUUCCUGGCACCUCAUCGUGUAGCGAGCGAGUUGCUCGAACACACCCCCACAGUUAACAACAGAGAAGUAAACAAAAAAUUAAGGAAAAAUCGCUAAUUUUUCACGAUUCUUAAACUGUAAAAGAGACAUUCCCCUCUUGCGUACAAACUGGUUUUCCUGUUAGCUGGUUGGAAUUACCUUGAACUAUAACGUUAUUAAGUUAAUAAAAGCAUAGUAAAAUGGCAUUGAAAAAAAUAGUUUCCAAGUUGAUUGUAGGGUUGUGGUUAAAGGCAUAAAUCACUUUUGCAACAUCAUUACUUAUCGAAUGAAUUGCCACGUCAUGAUGACUGGUUUCAUAAAGUUGGGACUAAAAGGGAUAUUUUAUAGAUUCUGAUCAUUUGCAAUUGAUUAAACUUUGACACAUAUGACAGCAAGAUUUGUCAAGUAACUACCUCCUGUGUCUUUGUUUUAAAACCUUAGCUAGUAAGUUUUUUUUUUUUUGGGGGGGAGGGGAACAAGUUCCUUCUUUCAACUCAAAAGAGUCGUCGUAGGUUGUAGUUACUCAAAACAUGUGCCUAUUUUUCGCUUGGGUCUAGCUAACAUGUAGGAUUGGUCUCAGACCUAAUAGUCCGCAUUUCCUCUAAACCAUCGCUGAACUCUUUCCUGUUUGACUGUGUAUUUACGAUUCAUUGAAUUCUACUUUGAUAUCGCGUCAGUAGUUUCAAAGACUACGAGUAGUUCCCAUUUUUCCUCAGGGAUAGUAGAGCGAGCGAAACGCGAGCGCGCGUUCAAAUCACCCCACACGAGAAAGGCGAGACGCAGCGGUGAGAGAGAAAAGUGCUCAUCGUUCGAUCAGUGUUCGAUCCUGGUCUUAGUAAUCAUGUGGCUCACGCACCAACUAAAACUCGUAUAGUUAGAGGAUUUUCAGUCCCCUGGAUGACAUCAACCAUCGCAUAUCAAAUCUGAAAGCUUGAUUAUAAUCUGAAGAAAGCUAAAAGCAACCAGAAUAGACGGCAUUGUCGCAUACAGCUAAAUCAAAAAAGGUUGCUUUGGUAAUUAGUAAUUGGUUAUUGGGCAUUGGCCUUAAGGAACAAUGCAAUGAUUUACUUGAGUGACCACCAAACAAUAACUUCCCAAUGCGCAAUUCUCAAUGCCCAAAGCAACCUUUAUCGAAUCAGCUAUAUAUCGUCACUAAGAGUUAGGAAACCGCGUUAGUCGUGCCAUUAAGAAGGCUAUAUCGUUACUAAUCAGAUUCAAGAAAGUCAAGAACUUGCAUUGACAAGCACUUUUGAGGGCGCUCAGAAAGGCUUUAAGCUCAUCAAGCCCUCUUAGAGUAUCGCAAGUAUUGAUACUGAUGCAGCUGUUGCCCGGUCUCCGCUGCUAGCGCUUUGAACUCCUUUUACGUAAGCAUCGUUAGAAAACUCGCUCAAGACCUCCCUAAUGUAUCACUAUCUGAUCAGCCUUUACUGUUCUUAGCGUGAUUAUUCAUCGAACUGCCACCAUGUAGUAAUGGCUGAUCAUUAAUGCUUUAGUUAACUUUGGUUUCAUAAACCUUUGAGUUAAGAAAGAGAACACUUAAAAGCAUUGGUAACUUGGUAAAUAAAUGGGGAUCAUGCACAUCCGCAAACAGGCGAGGAAAUUGUGAAGUGUUCUCAGGCUAAGAGGGUAGUGGUAACAGCGAGUUCAAACAGACGAAGAAUCAUAAUAACCUACAAUGCGUAACAGAACAACGGCGUUAACAACAAAGAAGGAAAUAAAAAAUUAAGGAAAAAUCGGUACUAUAUCACGAUUCUUAAACUAAAAGCCGAAGAUAUUCUCCUCUUUCCUACGAAUUGGUUUCCCUGUUGAAAGGAAAAGUAUGCUCUUAUUUAUUUACUACGCAUUAAUUUGCGCACAAUGAUAAACCUUCUUUAAUAUCAGUGGAGAAACUAGAGUUAAUAUGAAUUAGGUUUUGUUUAACUCUAAUGAAUUAAUUACCAAAAUUUAAACCCCAAAAUUAAAAAGUAUCAUGAUAAGUUUUUUCUUUUUAAAUACAAUUAAAGAAUAAUACGAACAUAUUUUCGGCCUAAAAUCGGCAGAAAAAAUAAGAAUAUUCAGCCUGGGCCGGGAAAACAGUAUUCUUGUAAAAAAGAAUGGGUGUGUUUUAAACCGAAGAAACUGAAGCAAAUACGACUUAAUCUUAUUAGCUGGUAUCUACACCAACUACAGCAACUACACCAACUACACUAACUAGAGCAACUACACCAACUACAGUUACUACACCAACUACAGUAACUACAGUUACUACAAGAACUACAAUAACUACAGCAACCACACUAACUACACCAACUACGUACGGUUACUACACCAACUUCAGCAACCGACAGCAGCAACUUCACCAACUACAUCAACUACACCACCUUUACGAGCUACAGCAACUACAGCAACUGUAGUGGGCUAAGUGGGCAUGGAAUGUCUCUACAGUCGUGACGGUUAUCAUGAACAUUAGCUGCCUUAAAGUUAAUAAAGGAUAGUGUAUUGUUUUUUGAAUACAUUUUCAUAGUUUCCAUGUUGAUUGUUGUUGUAUUCGAUUGCAGUUUAAGGCAUAAAUUGCUUUUGCAACACGCUUGCUCAUUGGAUUGUCACGUCAUGUAUAAACAGGUAUUUUGAUCAUUUGCAAUUGAUUAAAUUAAGUAACUAGGCUGCUGUGUCUUAAACCGCCUCACACUCUGCAGUUCAUGCUUGACCAUGUAGUUUAUCAAACAAUGUGUGCAUGGGUCCAGCAAAUACAGUACGUUGGAUUGGUUGCAUUUGCGACAUAAAAGGCCGAAUUCUCCUCAAGUCACCGCACAACUCUUUCUGUUUGACUGUAUAUUUGCGAUUCAUUGAAAACCAACUGCCGUUGCUAAUUUAAUAUUACGUCAGUAGUUUCAUAUAACUUUCUUCCUUUUUGACUGACGAACUUCAGCACUUACAAAGCUCGACCUAUCGCGUUUAGCUUAAAAGAAAAAUAUAUAUAAUUACUGUGUGAUUAUAACGCCAUAUUUAAAUUUUAAAUUCCGGGUUCAGACAUGCACAGUUUUAAUUUCAAGUAAGGUGUCUUUUUUUGCUAUUGUCGCGGAAGACUCAAAAGAACUCAGUUAAAAACCAAUUGCCAUCGGAGAAGGAAGAGAAUCUUUGGAAAAUAUUCAGUAAGUGUCGCAAAGAAUUAUUUCCGGCGUCAGCCUCGUUCAAAGAAAAAAGCACUUGCAGAGUUCCUCAAAAGUUCUACACAGCUGCUAAAACUUAAGACUGUAUAAAACGCUCCAUUCAAUAGCGGAAGCUGAAGGUCAGUCUCAUUCAAAACUGAUGAAACCUAGAAAGCAACGGAUUUCUUUGCAAAUUAUACUAGAAACUGAACAGUGAUCAGGGUCCCUUGUACAAAAUGGCAAGUGCUAAAGGCUUGCAUUUGACACUUGUUGUUAGCUGCGUCUUCAACGCUUUCUUGUGUUUCACUAGCAUCUUGUUGAACAUCAUAACAAUACAAGCGGUUAGAAAAACGUCGUCGUUGCCUAAGACUUUAAAAACGUUGCUUCUAAGCCUGGCUGUGUCUGAUCUGGGUGUAGGCUUACUUGUCCAACCACUGUACGUUGCAAUUCUUCUGAUGGAAAUAGACCAAAACACAAACAGCACCGCUUAUAAUUCAGUAGACAAAGCGUAUGUAAUCCAGAAAAAAAUAUUUGUCAUGGCUUCGCAUUUUGGUGUUUUUGCAUUAACUGUUGAUAGAUUCUUGGCAAUCCAUCUUCAUCUCAGAUACCAGGAACUUGUAACUCACAAACGUGUUGUUGCUGUCGUGAUCUCAGUCUGGGUGUUAAGUGCAUCAAUUUCCAUCCUACGUGCUUUGUUCAGUGAUCCUUUUAUUAUGCCAGCAGUCGUUAUAGUCGUUUGUGUCCUAGCUACAGGAUUGCUUUAUUGCAAGAUAUACGCAGCCGUGAGACACCAAACAAACCAGAUGCAAGCUCAAGUGCAACAAGUACAACAAGCGACACAGAAUGAAGAUAUGGCAAAUGCCGCAAGGCUGAAAAAAUCUUCACUGGCUACAUUCUACAUUUAUUUGGUGUACUUAGCUUGCUAUUUGCCAAUAGCUUGUGUUUCUCUUGCCAACAUCAAUAGUAAAACUGCCUUGUAUUUCACAUCGGUGACUCUUGUGUAUCUUAAUUCAUCCCUCAAUCCCUUGAUCUACUGCUGGAAGAUGAGACACAUUCGACAAACUGUUAUGAAUAUACUUCGAAAUAUUUUUACGAUUGGUCCGCAUUAAAGAAACGAUCUAACUCAGAAUAACUUGGCCUUUUUCCCCUCUGGUGAAGAUAAAAGCUUUUCAGCAAUACAGUUGGGAAAAUGACGCUUAAUAUAAAAGGGACCUGAAACCUCUUGUACUUUCUAUUUGAAAGGCAAAGGGAUAAACAUAUGAUCGAGUAUAAGUUCAUGAGAUUUUAGUUUACUUUGGAAUAAUUAACAGAUAACAGGAACUCUGAAAUACUACUAUAUAUCAAAGUCAGAAAGAGGGUAAAAAAGCUGAGUGGUCUAGGACGAAUGACGAAUGACUUGAUAAAUAGAGGGCCGAGUUUUCCAAAUUUGCGAUGAUCAGAAAGAUCUGUGUACAGGAAAGGGUCUUAAAUGUUGUUAACCAUGGUGCAUGCAAUAAAAAAGAAGACUAACUAAAGAGGAGAGAGAUCAGAAUUUUAUCAAUAAGUCUUUCAUACUGAAUGCACCAAGAGUGGCGAAAAGAUUUACCAAUAUAACAACAGCAACAACAACACAAUAAUAAUCAUAAUAAUAAUAACAAUAAUAAUAAUAAGAAGAACAACACAGCCUAUUUGUUGAGAAAGACGAAAACUAGUAGUUUAUACUGUUGAGAAUAUAUAUUACAAUACUUGUAAUUAAUUCAUAUCAAUAAAUUCAAGUGAAAAAGAACAAAUGUUUUGAAGAAUGGCAAAAAUAUACCAUUUAAUCAGGCUUUUUUUUUAAAUUUGUCGAACACAGAAAUUAAACUGUCUAAUAAGAUCAUUCCAUUCGAAAGUUUCAUCACUAAUUUAAGUUAGAAUUGCGUGCCUGCUGCCCGUCAGGAAAAAACCCUCAAUUAUUUUCGAGGGAAACCUGAACCCUCCCGAAAGCUUAAUAAUCAAAAUAAGGUCCAAAGUAACUAAGUGCACAAGCAUUUUGGGAUGUCUGGUAGAAGAUUUCUCCUCAGUAGAAACCUCACCUCUUUUCUGACAUAUCUUCUUGAUAAUUGCCAAUUUAUUCAAAGUGUAAACAACAAAGAUCAGUAGUUCUUAUGACUGCAAAACGUAUAAGGAGCGUCUUAAAUUUUAAGCAAGAGAAAAGACCUGAUAAACAGAACCUUAAGAAAACCAGCAGAGAGAAUCAAGCAGUGAUAAGGGAGGGUGGGAUGGGAUUUUGUUCAACGAAGAGAAGAAUAUGAAGUGCUAUUUUGCUGAGCUAGGCGCGAAAAUAUAGGCAUCAACUGUUCAUGUGAUAGCUUGCAUCUAAUUGGCUGAGCGAAACAAUUAGUGUGACUUGCAGGAAGUAACCCCUGAAAGGAAGUGAGCUGGUUCCAUUACUGGUAAAGGCAGGUUUAUGGUUAUCACAUUAACUUUUGUUUAUCCUGUUGUAUAAAUUAGCUGCAAAUAAAUAAAAAUACAAAAUUUUAAUCUUUCCACGAUUCUUAAACUUAAAUGUGUUUUUUCCCACACAUUGUUUUUCCUGUUCGGUGGUUACGAGCGCUCUUUCAUAAUCAUGAAAGUUCCCCCACAAUUUCUGUUUCAGGGGAGGGAGAGAGGAACAGUAUGCUCUUGUCAUUUAGCAACUUUUAACCGCAAAGAAAAACACAAUACAUACACACCUAAGUUUAUUUUUCUUGGUCCACAAUGUAAACUUCUGGGUCCACCUGAGUAAAUGUGACUUUGACACACAAGACAGCAUGAUUUGUUAACUAACUACCUAUUAACAUCCUAGCUGGUAAGUUUUUUUUAUGGAUAAUAAGUUUCUUCUAUCAACUCCUCAGACUCGUCGUAAAUCGUAGUUUAUCAAAAGAUGGGCCUAUGUUUUGCUUGGGUCCAGCAAAUACGUUGGACUGGUCUCCGACCUGAUAGUUGGCUUUUCCUCUAAACCAUUGUUGAACUCUUUCUUAGCGAUUCAUUGCAACCAGCUGCCGUUUCUACUUUAAUGUUGCGUCAGUUGUUUCAAUAUCUUCCUUUAUGACUGACGAACUCCAACACUUAGAAAGCUCGACCUAUCGUGUUUCGCUUAAAAUGAAAAUAUAUUCAAUACUUGUGUGAUGAGGACGUCAUAUUCAAAUUCUAAAUUCCGGGCUCUGUUAAGGCACAUUUUUAAUUUCAAACAAAUGAAUAUGUCGGAUGCUAUGAGCACAACUUGGGGAUAUGUUGAUAUUGUUGUCGCUGAAGACUCAACAGUCCUCACUUUGACGCUGUAAUCCAACUCUAUUGCCUUCGGAGGAAGAAUAGUGGAACACUUAGAACUCUUAGGACUGUUCACCGGGGGGUCAGUCUCGAGAAUCUCAGUCUCAACCAAAAACUGAGAAAACACUCAUAUAACCUUUCAAAAGUUCUCUACAAAAACAAAAACUCACUGCACUUAACGUUCUUUACAAUGGCGGAGGCUGAAGGUUUGUAUCCGACACUUGUCGCUAACUCCGUCUUAAAUGCUUUCUUGUCUUACACCGCCACCGUGUUGAACAUUAUAACAAUACAAGCACUCAAAAAAGCUUCGUCGCUGGCAAGGCCUUUAAAAACACUGCUCCUUAGUCUGGCUGCCUCGGAUCUUGGUGUUGGCUGUCUUGUUCAACCAAUUUAUAUUGCAGUACUUGUGACGCUCAUAACUGAACCAAACACUGGCAGUGGGUCUCAUGUUAUAUCCUCCUUAAUAAUAGCGUUCGUCGCCAUCUCUAAUUUAUUAGGCUCCGUUUCGUUCUUCGGUGUUUUCGCUUUAACCGUCGACAGAUUCUUGGCUAUUCAUCUUCAUCUCAGAUACCAGGCACUUGUCACUCACAAGCGUGUUGUUGCUGUGGUGGUAUUGAUAUGGGUGUUUAGUGCAGCUUAUUUCUUCCUGUUUUUCAUUUCGAUAAACGUUCGUGUCAUUUUUUCCGCAACUACUGGAGCUUUAAGUUUUGCAACUACAGGAUUGCUUUAUUGUAAGAUAUAUGCAGCCGUAAGACAACACAGAAAUCAAAUAAACGCCCUGCAAGUACAGCAAGUAGUGCAAAAUGGAGAUAUGGCAAACGCAACACGGCAGAGAUAA